AUGACGAGUGACGGUUUGAGGGUGGUGAUUGUUGGAGGAGGCUUCGGCGGCCUCUGUGCUGCGAUUGAGUGCCGAAUCCGAGGAAUGAAUCCUGUUGUCGUCGAAGCUUAUCCGACCUCAACGGCUUAUGGGGACAUAAUCGACUUCUUCCCAAACGGGGGGAGGAUCAUCGAAAAAUGGGACAACGGCCGGGUUAGCCGUGAACUGAUGUCAAUGUGCAUCAAUCAAGGAGACCGCUUUGAGUACUAUAUGGCAGAUGGGACUCUCGUGUGGUCAGAACCAUGGUUGCUGAGAAAAGAGCAUUUUUGGCGACAAUAUGCAGGUCACCGUGGUCAAAUGCAUCAAGUCUUCGUUGACUACGCAAAACGCCUGGGAGUCGAGCUCCGGUUCGGCGAUAGUGUCGCUGAGUACAUUGACGGCGAAAGACCUGGAGUCAUUACCAAAAAGGGGACCAAGUACUUCGGCGACGUCGUCAUUGCAGCUGAUGGCCCGAGAUCAAAAGCCCGCCAGCAAGUUCUGGGAUUGCCAGACGCAAAGGUCAAUAGCGGCUAUGCUAUUUACCGGGCAUACUACAGUCUGAGCGAGGAACACAAGAGGAACCCAUAUUUGAAGGAGUUCUGUAAUCCAGAUCGCGAUCUUACAAUGAUGUGGGUUGCAAAAGACCUGCACGCGAUCAUCUAUACGUGGAACAAGGGUAGAGACCUUGGUUGGGUCCUGACUCACAAGGAUAGUGCGGAUAUCGGAGAGUCCUGGUCAUUCUCUGGCCGAAUUGAAGACGUGUUGAAAUGCAUUGACGAGGGAGGAUUUGAGCAGAAGCUGCGGGAGGUCGUUUUGGCAACACCAGAAUCACGACUCGUGGACUAUAAGUUGGUCUGGAGACAGCCGCUCACAACGUGGCUGAGCAAAAGCUCGAAGAUCGCUUUGAUUGGAGAUGCAGCUCACUGUCACCUACCAACAUCCGCCCAGGGAGGUUCCCAGGCGCUCGAAGAUGGCGUGGCGUUGGCAGUAGCGCUCCAACGGGCGAAAGGCGAUGUCACUCUCGGGCUGAAGGUGUUUGAGAGGAUAAGAUUCAACCGGAGUCACGUUAUUCACAUGUCGUCUAUCCAAAUAAGGGACGGAUAUCAUACCCUUGAUGAAGAGACAAUCAAGAAGCAUCCCGAGACGAUCAACUUGCCCAGAUGGACAUGGGUGAUUGAGCAUGACGCUGAAGCCAAUGCGGAAAAGCAUUUUGACCAUUUGGCUCAAGACGUUAGGAACAAUCGUCAGGGAACGAUCGAGGAGCUGUCGGUGCCCGCUGAGGGAGACUUCAGUAUUGCGGGUCGGGUGGACCAUGCGAUUAUGGAGAAGUCUUUGCAAGCAAGCUUGUAG